AUUCGUUACCUCCAUCCGUUUGGAAUAGUUUGUUGAAACUGCUCCUAUUGACUCGUUUCAUUUCUCUUGGACAAAAUCAACCAUCAUGUGUGGAAUCUGCGGCUGUUUCUUUGUUAAUGGCUCCGUGCCCAGUCUAUUCAUCCUUCGUCAACUCCAACAGAGUAUGGCCAAGAUGGAAUACCGUGGCUACGAUUCCUGCGGUGCGGCCAUUCAAGGCCAAGCCAAGGGAGGCUCCCACACCGGGAUCCACCUCUUCAAGGCCGUGGGUAGCCCCUCCGAGGCCUUUUGGCCCGUGGUCGAAAUGGAAUCCGACCGCAUCGACACGGAGUUGGUCAGCUCUGUCCAGGUGGGCAUGGGACACACCCGCUGGGCUACUCACGGUGAGGCGGGCGUUCGCAAUUGCCACCCCCACAUCAGCUCGGACCUGAAGGAAUUUGUGGUGGUGCAUAACGGACAAAUAACCAAUUUUGCUCAAAUCCGAGCCUAUUUGCUGUCCCAGCGCAAUUGGGAGUUUUAUUCGGAGACUGACACCGAGGUCAUCCCGAAACUGGCUUUGUUCUUUUACGAGCAAACUCCCAAUGCCACGUUCUCGGAAAUUGUGGAACAGGUGUGCCAGGUGCUCGAUGGGGCGUACGCCCUCAUUUUCAUGAGCAGCCUGUUUCCCAACGAGGUCGUGGCAACCAAAUGUGGGUCUCCCUUGAUCAUUGGCGUUCAAUCGGAGACCAGAGUGGAAUUGUCGGAUUGCAGAGCUUUCCGCAAACGAUCCGGGUCGACUGAGUAUGCCAAUGCAGUGCGACAAGCGGUGAACAAUUCAGGAAGUUUUGCAUCAAGAUUCCCUAACGUGGAAGAGUUCUUGCUCAACAACGAGACUUCUGCGGCCUAUGAAGACUUGGCCGAGCCCAAGCAAAUUAAAUAUAAACCUAGCAACGACAUCACAUCUGAGGAACCCAAAAUCCAGUAUUACUUUUCCAGUGAUCGACCUGCAUUGGCUGGAUUGACCAGUUACUCCCUCGAUUUGCACGAUUUCGAUAUUGCUCAUGCCCGACCCAAUGGAGAGCUGGCGAUUUCCUACAAACAUCCCGGUUCCAUGGCUGAUCGCCAACUGAAGAUGCAGGAAUUUGAACAAGUCUUGUGCGAGGAAAACUUGUUCUCUUCCAAAACCGAGAAGGAAAUUCACCAGCAACGGGCCACUAUUGAAUCAGCAAUCCGAGGUCGAGUCGAUUUUGAAACCCACGCCGUGAAGUUGGGUGGCAUCCAAGGUCAUCUCGACGAGAUUUGCCGGAGCAGUCGGAUUUACAUGAUUGCUAUGGGCACAUCCACCCAUGCUGCUCUGGCGACCCAGACCAUCCUGACCACGCUCACCAACAAGAGCGUGUCAGUGAUGCAGGCCACCCAAUUCCUGGACAUGGACGAGCCCAUCUCCAAGUCUGAUCUGUGCAUCUUCAUCUCGCAAUCUGGAGAGACCGCAGACAGCAAGCACGCUCUGGAUUAUUGCAAUCAGGCAGGUGCACUCACUUUGGGUAUCACCAAUGUGGUGGGCAGUUCCAUCUGCCAGAACACCUCAUGUGGUAUCCACGUGAAUGCUGGCGUGGAGGUGGGCGUGGCAUCGACCAAGGCUUAUACGUCGCAAUACAUUUGCCUGGUUUUACUAGGCAUUGCGAUUGCGCAAGCCCAUUCCAUCACCGGAAGUCGAGUCAGAGAGAUGUCCAUUGAGAUCAUUGAUGCCCUGAGGGAACUGCCUGGAAAGACGGAAGAGGUGCUCAACCAGAAGGCCAAGAUCCGCCAUCUGGCGCAUCUCAUCCAAGAAAAGCAGGCAACGAUCAAGGAGUCGACAAUGUUCAACCGAGAGCAAUCCAACUCGUUGUACAUCCUUGGUCGUGGGUUCCAGUAUGCGGUGGCAAGAGAGGCAGCCCUGAAGAUCAAGGAGAUUGCCUACAUGCAUGCCGAGGGUCUGUGUGCUUCAGAAUUGAAGCAUGGACCCUUGGCUAUGGUGCAGGACAAUUUCCCUACCAUCCUGUUUGCCCUCAAGGAUAGGUACCAGGAGCAUGCCUUCAAUGCCAUGAAUCAGCUGGUGUCGCGAGGUUGCGUGCCGUUCGUCUUCAUCACUGAAGGAGAUGAACUGGAGUUGGCGCGCAAUUUCAAGUGCAAGGAGAAUGUGCCGUUUCACAUUGCCUUGCCCAAGUCGACGCCCUGCCUUCAGGGGAUCUUGGCCGUGAUCCCAAUGCAAUUGCUGAGCUUAUACCUAGCGCAAGCUCGCGGAUGCAAUGUGGAUCAACCACGGAAUUUGGCCAAAUCCGUCACUGUGUGACUUGGACUGGCCAAUCUUUGCAAAGACGUGGAUGUGUUUGCCUCGGAUGAAAUGUUGUUGUUGCUAGGAAAAUGUUUGUAAAUAAAUUUGUUGUCUAUGAUUAGAAGUGUGCGAAUUUUUGCCUUCCCUCAUUUCAUGUAGUGGUCAUGAUGUUUGAUGCGGUUUUUUUACCAAUGCUUUAAGCU